AUGUCGAAUCUUCAUUUCAAAAAUCUGUAAAUAAUAAAUAAAAUAUUCUUGUAUUCAAGAUAAUCAAUUCGUAGUGUCAGUUCUUGUAAUUCUAGAAAGUCAAUUGAAUUGAAAGAGAAUGUACAGAAGGAAAAUGCUAGGAUGCAUUUAAAACUACAGAAAAUAACUUCUACUUUUGACAAGCCCAAAAAAUAAAAUCCAAAGAUUUCUAAAUCUAGUCAAAGAUUAGAUAAAUUGAAACAACCAAUUAGUUAAGAAAAAAGCUUUAAUGUUCAACCUAUAAUGAAUUAUAAAUAUCAAGGGAAGAUCUUUACAAAGCACAAAAGUUUUCAUUCAGGGGAUGAGAAAUAAUAGAUAAUAUCAAUAAUCUAAAAAUAUCAUAAAGUUUUGGAUUAAUUACUACCUAUCAUCAAAUCAAAUAAACUUAACAAAUGA